AUCGAAACAAAAAUAGAAAAUGGGUACUAACAGAUCUUUAAUGGCCACGAUCCUCAUCGUGUUCUUCACGGUGUUGGCAGUGUCAUCGGCGUUGGACAUGUCGAUAAUCUCGUAUGACAGAAGCCACGCGGACAAGUCAGGGUGGAAGAGUGACGAGGAGGUAAUGAGUAUAUACGAGGAGUGGCUUGUGAAGCAUGGGAAGGUGUAUAACGCCGUCGAAGAGAAGGAGAAGAGGUUUCAGAUCUUCAAAGACAACCUCAACUUUAUCGAAGAACACAAUGCUGUGAACCGGACAUACAAGGUUGGACUGAACCGGUUCAGUGAUCUUAGCAACGAGGAGUACCGGUCAAAAUACCUGGGAACCAAGAUUGAUCCCCGCAGAAUGAUGGCCAGACCAAGUAGACGUUACUCUCCGCGCGUGGCUGACAAUUUGCCGGAAUCUGUUGAUUGGAGGAAAGAAGGUGCUGUUGUCAGAGUCAAAAACCAAUCAGAAUGCGAGGGCUGCUGGGCAUUCUCAGCAAUUGCCGCAGUUGAAGGAAUUAACAAGAUAGUAACAGGCAAUCUAACUGCACUGUCAGAGCAAGAACUGUUGGACUGUGAUAGAACCGUCAAUGCAGGAUGUAGUGGCGGACUUGUGGACUAUGCCUUUGAGUUCAUUAUCAACAAUGGUGGCAUUGACACUGAAGAGGAUUACCCCUUUCAAGGUGCUGAUGGUAUCUGUGAUCAAUACAAGAUAAAUGCUAGAGCUGUUACAAUUGAUGGUUACGAACGUGUUCCUGCUUAUGAUGAAUUAGCCUUGAAAAAGGCAGUAGCAAAUCAACCCGUGAGCGUUGCCAUUGAAGCAUAUGGCAAAGAGUUUCAAUUAUAUGAAUCUGGUAUAUUCACAGGAACAUGUGGGACAUCAAUAGACCAUGGUGUUACAGCUGUUGGGUACGGAACAGAAAAUGGAAUUGACUAUUGGAUCGUCAAAAAUUCAUGGGGUGAGAAUUGGGGAGAGGCAGGUUAUGUAAGAAUGGAACGUAAUAUAGCAGAAGACACUGCAGGAAAGUGUGGAAUUGCGAUUCUGACAUUGUAUCCCAUAAAGAUUGGCCAAAAUCCCUCAAACCCAGAUAACUCCAGCUAAACCCACCGGGAAUUUACAGGAAAUAACAGGAAGACUAAAAGAGUUCUAGACUUCUGUUUAGUGGAAGUUAUCUAGCCCAUGAAUGAAAAGGUGAAAAAAGAGAAGAUUAGGCCGUACUCAUUCUCUAUUCUCUAAUUUGAACCAGCCAUCAAGGCCGUACGAGAAAGAUAUUCAAGGUGGGAAGAUCACAUUUCUUUUUUCCUCUUCCUUCUAAUAAAUCUUUGUUUUUAGUUUUUCUAUGCCUAGCUAAAUCCUUUUUGAUGGAGUUAGGAGAAUUUCUAUGUAACCCACAGGGAUUUUUAAUAAAAUUAUGUUUUUCUCA